AUGAAUACUACCUCGGCUGCACAGGACGAAUUCAACGAACUGAUCCGCGACAAGGACAAGGAACAUCGACACCCUGAAGACCGACACAACGACAGCGACGUAUCUGAGCCCGAAUCCCCUGGCGCAGCAGACGACUACCUUGAGAAGAUUGACACCGACGACGAGCUCGACAUCCCCGCAGACAUGAGGGCCAACUACUACAUGCCGGCCAUGAGGUCCGAAGCAAACACCGGCCCGAAAGGCGUCAUUGCCGAUGCCCAAGCGUUUGAGCAAGCCAAAAAGCAAGCCCGGCGAUUUACAUGGAAGAAGAACGGUGCACCGGCACAGUAUAGCGUCAGCGCCUAUCACGACGACAAGGCAUUGAGCGAUGAGGAGGGUGACGAGGGCUUCAUGAGGCAAUGGCGUGAGGCAAGGUUGAAGGAGCUACAGAAUGUUGGCGAGCGGAUACGAUCGCGGACAAACAGCCCCAGCCGACGCAUAUACGGCAACAUGCCUUUGGUUGAUGGUGAGGGCUACCUUGACGCCGUUGACAAGACUGCCUCGGGCAUUACUGUUGUUGUCUUCAUCUAUGACUCCCAGACCGAAGACGACAACCACGUUGUGCAAUGCAUGCGUGACGUAGCCCGACGCAACGACACGGUCCGCUUUGUCAAGAUGCACGGCGAAGUAGCAGAGCUCGACUCUGACUGUCUCCCCGCCGUUCUCGCAUACAAAGGCGGCGACAAGUUCGCUAGCUUACUACCGCUACUUGACGAGCUACCUGCCGACUCGGAGGUCAGCUCUGUCUCGCUCGAGACGGCACUAAGGAAAAACCGCAUCCUCUGA